AGACAUGGCUACUUUUGUUACAACUGAAAUGCAUACUUGUGGACAGCCUAUCAGAAUAGUAGAAAAAGGGUUUCCGAAAAUACAUGGGGACACACUUCGAAAAAAGAUGGACUAUCUGAUACAAUACCAUGAUCAUCUCCGAAAGCUCUUGAUGUGGGAACCACGAGGACACUUUGAUUUGAUUGGUGUAAUCUUGGUUCAACCAGAUCAUCCCGAUGCUGACAUUGGUGCUAUUUUUAUGCAUAAUGAAGGAUAUGGACCUAUGUGUGGGGAUGCUACUAUGUCGUUAGGAAGAUAUUUAGUAGAUAAAGGCAUAGUUAGAAAUUCUACUAUACCCCAAACAGUUGUGAAAAUCCAAUGCCCCUGUGGUCUUGUCGAGGUCCGUGUCCAGAACAAUGGAAAGAAAACAGGAGCUGUAAGCUUUUUAAGUGUUCCUUCAUUUUUGUAUGCAAAAGAUUUGUCUGUUAAUGUAUCAGAAUUUGGACAAAUUGUUGUCGAUAUUGCCUAUGGUGGUGGUUUCUAUGCUAUUGUUCGUUCUUCACAGUUUAAAUUGAAAAAUGAUUGUUCUUCGGCCAAGAUGAAAGAGGCUUCAGGAAAGUUGUUAGGCGAGCUGAGAACCCAUUAUAAAGUGAAACACCCAGAAAAUAGUGAUGCAAACAUUUCGUACAUAUAUGGAAUUAUUGUCACUGAUGGGAAGGAUGGACACAACGAAGAAGUAACAACAAACUUUACUUUAUAUGCAGAUAAUGCGGUGGGACGAGCACCAUGUGGGUCAGGAUCGUCUGCUAGGAUAGCUCAACAGUACAGUAGGGGACUGAUAAAGCUGGAUCAAACAAGGAUAUUUGAAAGUAGAACAGGAGGCAAAUACAGAGCGACACCUGUAAAAGCAGUGUCAUGUGGAGACUUUGAUGCUGUCGUUGUAGAGGUUUCAGGAAAUGGACACUACACUGGAACCUCUUCAUUUUCACUAGAAGAAGGCGAUGAAAUAGGAAAAGGAUUUUUGAUGUCAUGAUAAAAAAAUAUCCCAGACUAUGACUGUUACAUUUGCAAGUGAACGAGUUGUUUUUUUAAUUAUUAGCUGUAUCAUAUCAGAUUUGCUUUGUUAUUAUCAUGCUAUUUGCAUAUUACAUUUGUCGUUUUUAAUCACGACUUCUGUCCGUUCGUGUCAUUCGGCAUGUGACUACGUUGGAGAUCGGUUCGAUGACAUACAUGGUUAACCCCACAGAAUCCUUAUCUGCAUGUUCAAAUCUUAGGGUCUGUAGUUAGAGUAAAAAAAAUAACAUACAGAACUCCGUGUAAAAUUCAAAACGGAAAGCCCCUUAACACAUGACAAAAUCAAAGGCUCAAAAACAUAAAACGAAUGAUAAACAACUGUCAUGUUCUUGGCUUGGUACAUGCAUUUUAUAUGUAGAAAAUGGGGAAUAAAACCUGAUUUAUAGCUAGAUAAAACGUUUAGUUGUUGGACUGUCGCAUACAAAUCCAUUAUAUUUUUUGUCUUAAUUAUUUUUCAUUUAAUGUUAUCAGCUUAAAUCAAGUCGUGAUAAUUUCUUUUAGAUUUUUUUCACAAUUGUUUUUAUUCCACAACAGUUUACAGCUUACGGUGACAUGUAGGGGUCAACAUCUUUUUAUUCUUCAUCCCAUUCGUAUUAUGUAUACUGUACAAUUAUUCAUGUAUGUAUAUCUAAUAUGAACAUUUAGAUUAUGUAAGUGUAGAAAGACGCCUGACUUCGAUUAUCUGAUGAUGUAUACAUCUUCUUUUAAAGGCAUUCAAAUCAUGGGAAUAACAUAUGUUUGACAUAAAUUAUAUACAUUUCACAAGGUAGAUUUUUCAAUGGGACAAAAACUAUCAAAUUUAAAAUGAAUAUGAAUUACACAUUUUGUAAACAUACAAUUCUAUUAUUCAGUAUUUCAAGUUAAAAUAAAUACGUACAUUUAGCGUUUAUGUGUUUGUUAACAAAAAAUGAAAUUGCUAAAAUAAAUGGUGUCAAU